GAAGUAUGUGGGGAGGAAGUUGAUACGCACGUGGGAGAGAAGGUUAAAGGUCACCAAUAGUUCUGCAAUCUGUGGAUUUGAAAGCAGAUUCUUGAGCAGGAGCUUCACUAAAGGGAGGAACUGCUUUCACGAAGGAGAUAAGGGGAGUAUGCUUCCGGAUUCCUCUCCAAAAGCCCACCAAAAAUAGAUAGUGAUCUACCUAAAUGUUUCGCUCUGUUUUCUUGUGUGCAUGUUUUUGGGUUCGAUGCCAUGCGUUUAUAUUUGCGCUCGUUAUACGCUCACUCGAAGGGAUCCUCUCUACUGACAAUACCGGAAUAUCCCCAAAUGACUGGUUUCACUUUUCAUUUUCCAUUCUCUUUGUGCUUUUGUGUCUGAGCCCCAACAUUUUUUACCGGACAUUCAAUCUGAAGACAAGACCCACUGUGAAUGAUGUUUUUCUGUUCCACAUUUCUGGUGGUUUUUAUGAUGAACUUUCUGCGGGACUUCCGUGUCUCCAGUUGUGAUGCAACCUGUGCAGAUAAACCAGUAUUCACUCCGUCCAGACUGGUGGUGAAGUUUGGUGACCCGACCGCCGCCAGCUGCUCUGUGUGUGAGCGUUGCAUCGACAACAUAUUUAAUUUGGAAAGCCCUGUUGGACUCACCUCGAUCAACGGAACCACGAUGUUCUGGACUAUCGAGAGGCUGACCGAGUGGCUGACAUCUCCUAUAUGCUAUUAUAAUACUGAUACUGACGUCCAGUGUUGCACCAUUCUGCCUAUUACUGUCUACCAGCCUCCAGAUAAUGUGUCCGUCAGCUUUGUGGACCACACUGGGCCGAUGUUUGAGGGUAAGCAGUACACUCUGCAGUGUACAGUGGAGGAAGUGGCUCCUGUUGAAAACCUCACGGUGACCUUCUACAGAGGUCAGACAGCACUGGGUCAACUGCAGUCCAAGAACAACAACCCGAAACCAGUGACUGAGACCUUCUCUUUAAACAUCACCCUGAGUAAAGAAGACAAUGGAGUCCAGUACUGGUGUGAAGCAAAGCUAGAACUGGGACCCUACGGACCACAGCUCCCUCCAGUGGAGACGUCACAAACCAUCACCGCCACUGUGUUCUAUAAACCUCAGCUAGAGGGCUCACUGCAUCCAGAGCCCAUCACCGUCCUGGAGGGAGAGCCUCUGCAGCUGAACUGCUCGGCCCUUGGAAACCCCGGGCCCUCGUACACCUGGACGCUCCCGUCGGGAAGCCCCUCCACCUCCAGCAGCAGUGUCCUCAUCAUCAACUCUGCAACUUUUGCGGAUGAGGGGAAGUACACCUGCUCCGUCAGCAACGACGUCGGGACCGCCACCGUGGAGCUGAACGUGGAGGUUCGAGCAGCAAACAACAAGGGAAUCCUGAUUGGCGUGGUCACCGCUGCUCUGAUCGCCAUCUUGAUCCUCCUGAUUGGAUUAUUCUAUUGCUACAAAUCCAAAUGACAGGGACAGUACAACCCGAAGGUUGUUUUUGGCAUGCGCAAAGGGCACUGUGCCGUUCCCACUGCAGAGUGAGCCCGUGGGAAGGCAUGGAAAUGUGCUUGGACCUUCGCUGCAUCCUUUCCUCCCACUCAUUUCCUGUCAUUCCUCUACUGACGCUAUCUAAUGACAUAAGAUAAGAUAAGAUAAGAUAAGAUAAUCCUUUAUUAGUCCCUCAGUGGGGAAAUUACAGGAUUACAGCAGCAUUGCUCACAGUAAUAAGUAAA